AUGAUGCUAACCCCGUCAGUGGGAGAACUACUGGUCGAAAGCGGCAAAUUGGCAAGUGAUCCUGCAAACGACACGAAUCACACUGAGAAACACAUACAUCACGAUCAACAUACAUAUUAUAGUAAAAUAAAUCCUAACCCUUCAUUCUCUUUUCACAUAUGCGCACACAACACCACAGAAGCUCUGUCUUCUCUCCUGCAUUUCCGGCGGCCGGAGAAGCUCCGGCCAGCCACCGGCGCGACCGUUUUUGCUGGCAGGUCAACCCCAACACUCAGUGAGUUCCUGUCUAUCUCGUCACAGCAGGUCACCGGAGUGACCUCCGGCCACGAUUCAGACCGGCGAUCAGACGCCGGCUUCUCCGUCAAACAACUACACACCCCACCUUUAGUUCGCCUCGUUAAACAUCCAUCACACCCACCCCCACCUGUUGCAUCGCCAAAUGAAGGGCCAGCCACUGCCUUGGCGACGGCACACGGCGGCGGAAGUCAAGAGAAAGAGAGAGAUAAGCAGUUAGACAGAGGAGGAGCCGACGCACGUUCGUUAACAGCAGUAUUGUUCCGGAUGAUGGAUGAUGUUAUUGGUGACCGACGGCAACAAUGGCAGUGGUAGUGCUUAGGUAGGUCCAGUUCGGGUCAACAGUUAAACGCGGGUGUGGGUGUGGACAGAUCCAAGGCUACGAGAUAGACUUUAGGGGUUUGAUACCUUUUGGGGUCCGGUCAAACGUGGUCAAACAGUCAACUGAGUCCGGGUUCGGGUCAA